AUGAUUUCUCCAUUCACUUUUCCGAUUUCUUUGCCAGCUGAAGACGAGUUCAAAUCCUCUGAACCAUCUGAAUAUAUUCCUGCUUCCUUAACCGAUUCUGGAUGUUGCUCAAUGGAUACUGCUGAGAAGGUUCACGAUGAGGAGUACUCCGAGCUAUCAGAUUUCGAUGAAGACUUUGAUUUUGACAAAGAUCUAGCUGAACUUUCCAACGAGGAUCUGGAUGAGCAAAGUUUGGAGGAAAUUCAAAAAGCGUUUGAUGAACUUUUCGAAAAAGUCCGCGAUGAUUUGGAUGACUUGGAGAAUGAUAUCGAGUGGGCCAAGGCAAUCAGCUAUUCGAUGCAAUAA